AUUAGAGUCUAGUUGGCCGUGAAAAGCGCGAUUUUGUUUUCGGUGCAUGUUAAAUGAUAUAAAAAUUGGGAAAUGCGACGCUGAAAGGUCCUUGUCAACGAACGUAUUAGUUUUAUUUCCCGAACUAUUUAUUAAACUAUUAUAAUAUACUGGUGUGCGUCGGUCAUUCGGAAUUGGAUGAAUUUAUUUGUUCCUUUCUAUGUUUUUGUUUUUCGAUUUCGUAAAUGAAGAUUUUCCUCUGGAAAUUCUAUAUUAACAGAUCGCUUUGAUAUGAUACUGCGGUAAUUCGUGUAUGUUCAAAAUAAGUGUCUUUCGAAAAUGGAAUCGGCAGUACCUUACCAAUCACAUUUUGGAUAUUCUUCGGAAAUGGGCAGUUGGUCCUAUAAUUCCAAUGUUACGCCUAUGAAGCAAAUAGAAGCUUGCCUUCAAAUUGCUAGCAAAGAUCGUAAGGCAUAUUCCCCUUUAGACCAGGCGGAUGCCCUGUCUUUAGAUGAAAGUGAUAGUACAAGAACAGAAAACAACAACAGAAGUAAUACACAUAACAAAAAUCAUUCUAGUUUAGGUUCAAUAUCACCUGCGUUAAGCAAUGCGGGAGGAAUAUUGGAAAUGAAACACCUUUGGGACCAGUUUCACUCCUUGGGCACGGAAAUGAUAGUGACUAAAGCUGGACGAAGGAUGUUUCCAACUUUCCAAGUGAAACUUUGCGGUUUAGACUUACAUUCUGAAUAUAUGUUGAUGAUGGAUUUUGUACCUGUAGAUGAUAAACGAUAUCGCUAUGCUUUUCACAGCUCCAGUUGGGUAGUGGCUGGAAAGGCUGAUCCUGUAUCACCUCCUCGGAUACACGUCCAUCCUGAUAGUCCUGCGACAGGUGCUCAGUGGAUGAAACAAACUGUGUCAUUUGAUAAAUUAAAAUUAACCAAUAAUCAAUUAGACGAUAAUGGACACAUAAUUCUAAAUUCGAUGCACAAGUACCAACCUAGGUUUCACAUAGUCUACCUGCCACCAAAAACUAUUUCUUCUGAAGAAAAUUGUACUGAAAAUUUCAAAACAUUCGUUUUUCCUGAGACAUCGUUUACUGCUGUAACAGCAUACCAAAAUCAUAGGAUUACUCAACUUAAGAUUGCUAGUAAUCCUUUUGCCAAAGGAUUUCGAGACUGUGAUCCUGACGAUAGUUCUGAUGUAGUUAACCAAUCAAAUCCACCUCCAAGAAAUCGAUCAACUUCCAGGUCUACUCCGAAUAAUAUAGGAAAUAAAGACGAAGAUCCACAAGACCAAAUCCUUCAUCCGUCAGAAAAUACACGACAAUCUCAUACAUCGAUGAUUUUUCAAAAUCGUUAUCAAAAUACGUCACAAGCCUCAGCCCCCUCCCUCAUACAAUCGAACUUGCUUUCGGCAGGACUCAGCACAAUAGGUCAACCUUACUCCUCGGACAUUUGUAGUUACGGCCCUGUGUAUCACUCGCACAACAUUCUGCAUAAUUACAACCCUGUAUACAGCAACGAAAAAGGAAUGAGGGCGCCGAAUUUCGGAAGGACCAUGUACGGAAACUAUCCCGGGUUUUACGGGAACAACGGAAACUUUAGGAGCGCUAGUUUGCAUCAGAAUGGGUAUGAUUUUUCUCCAAGAUAAGAUUUUGACCAAAAAUCUGUUUGAUUUGCAAAAGAAUAUGGAAUUAAAAACUUGAAUGACAAGUUGUAAAAGAGCAGCUAAAUAGCUUUAAUGUAAAUAAAUCCAAAACGGGAUAAUUAUUAUAGUAAGGUCCGAUUACAAUAAGAAGAAC